ACUGAGGGAGGGCCAGGGCGGUACGAAGCAGGGGAGGGCCCUGCGCGUAAUGGCAGCGCUGUGGCCUCGCGUCCAUCUUUACCGCUCUCUCGGACCUGUCACAAAGGAGUCGUGCCGCCGCCGCUGCCCCCUCCCUCCGUGGGCCCGGGAGCUAGAGAAAAACUGCCAUUGGAUGACCAGGAUUCCCUGUAGUUGAUAAUGUUGGAGAUAAACUCUGCAACUUUCUUCAGCAUUCAGUUGUUAAAAACAAAUAGGAUGCAAGUUCUUCAACCCCAGAUUAUGAAAACAGUACUUGGAAAACUCAAAACUAUCUAAAUGAUUGUCUUUGGUUGGGCCGUGUUCUUAGCAAGCAGAAGCCUUGGCCAGGGUCUGCUAUUGACUCUCGGGGAGCACAUAGCCCACUUCCUGGGGACUAGAGGUGCCACUACUAUCAUGGGUAAUUCGUGUAUCUGCCGAGAUGACAGUGGAGCAGAAGACAGUGUUGACACCCAGCAGCAACAGGCUGAGAACAGUGCACUACCCGCUGCUGACACAAGAAGCCAACCCCGGGACCCUGUUCGGCCACCAAGGAGGGGCCGAGGACCACAUGAGCCAAGAAGAAAGAAACAAAAUGUGGAUGGGCUAGUGCUGGACACACUGGCAGUAAUACGAACUCUUGUAGAUAAUGAUCAGGAACCUCCCUAUUCAAUGAUUACAUUACACGAAAUGGCAGAAACAGAUGAAGGAUGGUUGGAUGUUGUCCAGUCUUUAAUUAGAGUUAUUCCAUUGGAAGAUCCAUUGGGACCAGCUGUUAUAACCUUGUUACUAGAUGAAUGUCCAUUGCCCACUAAAGUAAGUUACUAUUUAUCUUUUAUGAAACUCAUCUGCUUAAGCACAGAAAAUAACAUGGCACUUUUAAUUACAUCAAGUGUUUGUUGUAUUUGUCUAGGUCCUGCAAGCAUAGGUUUACUUAGCCCAGGAAUACUGGAAUAUUUGCUACAAUGUCUGAAGUUACAGUCCCAUCCCACAGUCAUGCUUUUUGCACUUAUCGCACUGGAAAAGUUUGCACAGACAAGUGAAAAUAAAUUGACUAUAUCUGAAUCCAGUAUCAGUGACCGGCUUGUCACAUUGGAGUCCUGGGCUGAUGAUCCUGAUUAUCUGAAACGUCAAGUUGGUUUCUGUGCCCAGUGGAGCUUAGACAAUCUCUUUUUAAAAGAAGGUAGACAGCUGACAUAUGAGAAAGUGGACUUGAAUGGCAUUACAGCCAUGCUCAAUAGCAAUGAUGUCAGCGAGUACCUAAAGAUUUCCCCUCAUGGCUUGGAGGCUCGCUGUGAUGCCUCCUCUUUUGAAAGCGUGCGUUGCACCUUCUGUGUGGAUGCCGGUGUGUGGUACUAUGAAGUAACAGUGGUCACUUCUGGUGUCAUGCAGAUUGGCUGGGCCACUAGAGACAGCAAAUUUCUCAAUCAUGAAGGCUAUGGCAUUGGGGAUGAUGAAUACUCCUGUGCAUAUGAUGGCUGCCGGCAGCUAAUUUGGUACAACGCCAGAAGUAGACCUCACCAACACCCAUGCUGGAAAGAAGGAGACACAGUAGGGUUUCUGUUAGACUUGAAUGAAAAGCAAAUGAUCUUCUUUUUAAAUGGCAACCGGCUGCCUCCUGAGAAGCAAGUCUUUUCAUCUACUGUAUCUGGAUUUUUUGCUGCAGCUAGUUUCAUGUCAUAUCAACAAUGUGAAUUCAAUUUUGGAGCAAAACCAUUCAAAUACCCACCAUCUCUGAAAUUUAGCACUUUUAAUGACUAUGCCUUCCUAACAGCUGAAGAAAAAAUUAUUUUACCAAGGCACAGGCGUCUUGCUCUGUUGAAGCAAGUGAGUAUCCGAGAAAACUGCUGCUCCCUUUGUUGCGAUGAGGUGGCAGACACACAACUGAAGCCAUGUGGACACAGUGACCUGUGCAUGGAUUGUGCCUUGCAGCUGGAGACCUGCCCAUUGUGUCGUAAAGAAAUAGUGUCUAGAGUCAGACAGAUUUCUCAUAUUUCAUGACACACGUGAAGAGACAUCAUGGACUUAUUUCUACUCAAUUCCAGCCAAUAUUGAAAA